AUGCGCGCGGGAUGUCACUUCGAGGUGCCGCGAGAAAUUACGCUGAAGAAAGCGGUGGUCAGUGUGAAAUCCAUGGACAAUGCAUGCUUCGCGUGGUCGGUGGUCGCCGCUCUAUACCCAGCUAAAAGUCAUGUGGAUAGAAAAUCGUCGUACCCGCAUUGCACGGCAGUGUUAAAUCUCACAAACAUUGAGUUUCCGAUGAUAUUAAAAGACAUUCCGAAAUUCGAACGUUUAAACGCUGUGUCGAUCAACGUGUACGGCAUCGAGAAUAAGCAGAUCCUUCCUCUGCGACUCACCGGUGACAACAAGGAGAAACACGUCAAUCUCCUGUACCUGCAAGAUCCACGCGACGACGGUGUAGGUCACUUUACGUGGAUAAAAGAUCUAUCCCGCCUUGUGAGAUCGCAACUUACCGGGAAAAAGGUUAAGAAAUAUUUCUGCGACCGAUGCCUGCACUAUUUUGGCUCGAGAGAAAGGUUGCAGUCGCUCACAAUAGACUGCCAAAAACUGAACGACUGCGCCAUCCGCCUGCCAAGCGAGGACGAUAGAUGGCUCGAAUUCAGCAAUCACCGCAACCAGGAACGCGUUCCAUUCAUCGUCUACGCCGACCUGGAGUGCAUUCUAAGGAAGACGGAGCCUGACAAGGAAGAUGCGUCGUCGUAUGAGUAUCAGCGGCACGAAGUAUUCAGCAUAGGAUACUACGUGCGACAAUUUUCAGCGGCACGAAGUAUUCAGCAUAGGAUACUACGUGCAAUGCUCGUAUGA